AUGAACGUUUUAGAUAAUUGUGACUUACUAGGUGGUAUCUUAUCUUACUUAAAUCCUUUCGAGCUGAUUUCUCUGCAAACUGUAAGCAAGACUUUUAAUCAUGUGUCCAGAACUCACUGGGAGAUAGAGAAAUCUUUCACGAAUAUGAUUUCAGAGUUGUUCUGGACUAAAGAUCAGAUUGAAAAUCCAGCAAUAAAAAUAAUGACAGGAUUGUUUAACACAAUAAAAUGAGGAGAACGCUUAAUCUUUAAUAUCCAGCUUUGCAAAGUUUGCAGCAGGAUAUGUGGUUUAGGUUUUACCGACUGAGUCAUUGGUAAAAUGCAUCAAUCAACCCCGAACGGAAUUAUUACUCAUAAACAAGGUUAGAAGAGAAAAUAGCUAUUAAAAAUAUUAUCACAAAAUCUAUUAAUUUUAUAAUAUAGCAUUUUCUUAAACACAUGUCUUUUUAUAUAUAAUAUUUUUCAAUUAUAGCCCAAUGCCGCUUCUAGCUGGCCCUGCACUAGCAACUAGUGGAGUUGGUCCCGAAAUAAAAUUGCCUAACCAACACCACGAGUAGGCAAGUGAGCGCAUACUUGUCGUUAGGUAACUUUUGGCUCCAACCAAAUCCAAGAGUUGAUAAGUGACCAUAUACUUGACAUUCAUCAACUCGCAUUGUUAGUUUAGGAAUUUUCGGUUCCAAAUCCACUCGCGAGUUGAAGGGAAAGUCUAGCCCAGGGCAAGCUAAAAGUUGCUCUGGACUAUAUUUCUAAAAAAUUUAAAUAAUCUCAUCAACAAUGGCAACUAACUUCAAUUGUUGCUGAUGGGGUUCCCUUUAUUCUGCUCAUAGCAAACCCAGGUGGCCACAAAUGUAGAAAUAUGAAAUGGGAUGAAAGCUUGCCAAAUAGCACAACAAAUUGUGAAUGAUUUGCACAAUUUCCAAGAAAGGCUAAACUAAAAUCCAGACUGCAUCCAUUUAUUUGGCAAGUAGCAGAAUGUGAAAGGAGUUAUAAUAUCCCAUUAUAAAAUAAAUCCACACGUAAAAUAUAUCUGUAUUUAAAUUUAUAUAAAUUGGAAUAGCAAAUUUGAGAAUUGCUUUAAGGUCAGCUCAAACAUUUUUGAAAACCGAAUUUGUGUAGGAGCAUAUUGCGAAUUCAUUUUUCCUGAAUAUUGCAACCUUAUUUCAGUGGUUCCGAUAUUCAAAGAUACCUGCAAAGAGCUUACUUCAAGUCUGCAAAAUUAUUAUUAUUAAUAAUAAUAAUAAUUACUGUUUAAAUAUUUAAAAAAUAAUUGUGGUAGAGAUUUAGUGAAAAGUAUAAUGAGCUCUAUUACUUCAAAGGAAAAAGGAAAAUUGUUCAAAUGAUGAUUGAGCUAGCACAAAGAUUGCAUCAUCUUGGAGUUAUCGAGUAUGUAACAGUCAGUCAUAAGAAGGUAGAUUUAGAUACAAGGGAAAAUAUCGAGUAUUUCUAUGCUGUAGACUAUCUCAAAGUGUAUGCAUUGGGGAUUCCAGAAAAAUAUACAAUAAAAAAUUAUCCAAGGAGAGCUCCAUCAAAUUUAUCUGCACCAGUAAAUAGCUUGCUUAUUGAAGCAAGACAAUUAAAUGCAAUUUAA